GGGGCAGGGCCAGGACGAUCCCAGUCCCGCCCCGCCCGGCCCGGCCCGGCGCGGCCCAGCUCAGCCCUGGGGGCCGAGCGGCGCCGUGCAGCCGGCGGUCGGGUGCAGUGGCCCCAGAGUGCUGGGAGGACUCGGCAGGGACGUAGCAGAGCCUGCUUGGGGAGCCAGUCUCCCAAAUUAAUAUGCAAAGGUGGCUGGAGCUGGGGAUCCACACCGCCUGCCCAGAGGAGUGCUUGGAGGAGCGUGGCUUGAUCUCCCUCUUGUGGAAAGUUACCGAAACUAAGUUCUUGUGAUACUAAGGAAGAGAAGUCCAGCAUGGUCAAACAAAUGAUGGCAGCAGUUACCGAGCCAGCUGAUGCUCUUGUCAGCCCUCAACGAAAUGAAGAGAUGGACUCUCUGAUUGUACUGCAUUAUAAUUACACAGGAAAGCUUAUUUUAAGGGAAAAGGCAACAGAUAACAUAGACCUGCCCACUGUUGCAUUUCUGAUCCUGUGUAGUUUCAUAGUCCUGGAAAACUUGAUGGUGUUGAUUGCCAUAUGGAAAAACAAUAAAUUUCACAACCGCAUGUACUUUUUUAUAGGCAAUCUAGCUCUCUGUGAUCUUCUAGCCGGAGUUGUUUACAAAGUAAACAUUCUUAUGUCUGGGAAGAAAACUCUGAGCUUAUCCUCCACAAUCUGGUUUAUUAGGGAAGGCAGCAUGUUUGUUGCCCUGGGAGCCUCUACUUUCAGCCUUCUAGCAAUAGCUAUUGAGCGCCAUUUGACCAUGAUUAAAAUGAGGCCUUACGAUGCGAAUAAGAAAUACAGAGUGUUCCUUCUCAUUGGUACCUGCUGGCUUAUUUCAAUUUCCUUGGGUGCUUUACCCAUCCUCGGCUGGAACUGUAUAAACAACUUACCAGACUGCUCAACAAUUUUGCCUCUUUACUCCAAGAAGUAUGUUGUGUUCUGCAUUAGUAUCUUCAUAGCCAUUUUGGUUGCCAUCGUCAUCCUUUAUGCCCGUAUUUACAUCCUGGUAAAGUCCAGCAGUCGUAAUGUCACUAACCACAAUAACUCAGAGCGAUCCAUGGCCCUCCUUAGGACUGUUGUGAUCGUUGUCAGUGUUUUCAUUGCCUGUUGGUCUCCACUGUUCAUCCUGUUCCUCAUCGAUGUGGCCUGCAAAGUCAGGGAGUGCUCUAUCUUGUACAAAGCCAACUGGUUUAUUGCUUUGGCGGUUAUCAAUUCUGCAAUGAACCCCAUCAUCUACACUCUGGCCAGUAAGGAAAUGCGUCGGGCUUUUUUUCGCCUUGUUUGUGGCUGCCUGGUGAAAUCCAAGGUGUCCAGAUCUUUGCCUGUUCCGCCCACACCAGAUCACAGUCGAAGUAAAUCCAGCAGCAGCAAUGCCCAGAAGCCAAAGGAGGAUUUCCCACCAAAGAAAAUUCCAUCGUGUAUCGCUGAGAAAAAUGAAUUUUCAUUUCACAAUGGAAACAUCUGUAAGUAAAGGACUCCUUGAGACAAGUAUAUUUCUAUGGCUUUUAGAUUUGAACUACAAGUGUGGUUUAAGUACUCGUGC